GAAAAUAUUCAGUAAGGUCAAACAUUGAAGAACAUCCGACUAUUCUGGCUAAUUGUUUUUUCAGCAAAUCAGGCUAUGGGAAUUCCCUUCGAAAAAGGCAAUGCCAAAGGUGUGUUCAUGGAUGAUGUAUUCAGAUUCAGUUCUUGAAAUUUUCUCAGUACGGAUGAACAGUUUUACGUUAAGGCUCUGGUUUGCAAGUGGGAGGAUCGAAAAUCUCAUGUUCCCCAACACUUGAACAGAUGAUUUUGGGCUAGCAUCAUUAAAGUGGGCCUGGAAUGGCCACUGAUGCAUUACAGACAAAUUAAGCAACGACCCUCGAACUCUGAGAAGCGAACAACAUUGUCGACGCGACCCAUGACCAUGAUGUUUGCCUCCUCACUCAUCGCCGACUUCCUCCCCUCUCUUUUUCCUUCCAAGUCAACACCAACCUCUUCUUCUUCUUCAAGCACGGUGACAUGGCUUCGCCUUCCGUCCCAACCCACCGAUGCCCACCAGAAGUGGGCAGCUCUCGCGGCCGACGUGGGUCCAUUGCCGUCACCUUCGCUUUCGUCGUCGACGAUGUCGACCGUGUGUCCUUCACUGGUGUACGCGAACACCCUUUUCUUCAAAUCGACCUAUAACGUGCAGAUAACGGUGGAUGACAACGAGUCGGAGGAGAGGUUGGUGAAUCGGUUCAGGAGAGAGGUCGCGAAGGCCGGCAUCAUCCGAGAAUGCCGGCGCAGAAGGUUCUUUGAGACCAAGCAGGAGUACAAGAAGCGAAAGUCUCGAGAAGCUGCCAAGCGAAAUCGCCGGAGGCGCCCUCAAGCUAGAAUUGCAAAGCAGGCUAAACCAGAGAUGCCAAAGAAAAAAAGGGCCAAUGACGAUGAAGAUGAUAACUGGGACCUUCCUCAAGGAGUUCUUCCAUACUGACUGAUGUUUACGCACUGAAACGAGAUACUACCAAUGUUAGUUGAGAAGAUACUAGAUGAAUGGCAUAGUUCUGGUGUAAGCAGCUGUGAAGAGGAAGCACCGAUUCUAGCAAUGAAUGGCUCAUAGUGCUUUGUUGAGAGAGAAAUUUAAUCACAUUAUUGAGUUCCAGAGCAGUGGACUGGAGAGGGAAAAAUAAAUGCAAUAGCCAAAUGAUGAUGAGCAACAUCAGUCAACCAUAAGCUUUGAGAGAGUUGCAUAAUGUUCUUUUGGCCUGGCUGAGAUGGAUUAAUGUGAACGGCAUUGACAUGCUAAUACUCUCCAAAGACCAUCUUUGUUUCAGACUUGAGUGAAUUUCACUGUUUCUAUUUUGUUGACAAUCAUAUGCACUUGAUCAUUUUCUUUCACUUCCUUGACUGUGUAAAUUCUUUUUGGUAUGUUUUAGACUUUUACCAACAAUGUUGGUCCGUGUA